AUGGCGUCCAAAGAGAUUGCAUACCAGCCUCUAGAGAGGUCCUCUGAUGAUAUCCGCGAUGAGGUUCUGCUUCAACAUUAUGCCACAAGCACUGGAAAGCAGCGCUGGGAAAGAAUUGUUUGGACAUUGUGUAUUCUUGCCAUCGUGAUCAGCAAUGGAGUCUGGUUCGGUGUUUACAAACACCAAAAGAACGUUCCUGAAUAUCACGUACUCUCCCCCUAUGAAUACGCAACGCCAUACGUUGACGGUAAUCUUACGGAGAUGAAUCAGCUUUGGACAGACCUUUUCCCGCGAGGUGGCGGAGCGGUCAAAGUAGAUCCCCAAUGGGCCAUUGACAGUAACCUUCAACAAACACAAGGGUAUGCCGCAGACGGGAAGGCUAUAUAUGUUGUUGCAAUGUACCAUCAGCUUCACUGUGUUACCGUUAUCCGCACCAGCCUUUACCAACAAUACAACGGACGCAAGCAGAUCGAUAAUUGGGGUCAUAUCACCCAUUGCAUUGAUACUUUACGACAAGGGAUACAAUGCUUAGCCGACCCAACUCUUGGUGGCGUUGGUGCGAACCAUGAGUGUCGAGACUUCGAAGCACUCAAGAGAUGGACGAAGGAAAAUGCGUACACGGACAAUCUGGACCUUUUGAACAUCGAGUAAUGCUGAUCGCAUCUCAUGACCCUUGGACUUAGACUGGAGUCCCU